AGAAGCUCUACGUAAACAAAACUAAUUUCGACAAACAACCCUCUGAUGGCUGAUGUACGAACUCUGCUACGGAAUGAGCGUAAUGCCCGGCGCAUCAGCCAUCGGCAUGCAAAAUACUCCGAGACAGGGAAGCUACAAUGCGUAGUAUGUCAUGUUGAGCUGAAGAAUGAAUUGUUAUGGAACGACCACCUGCGGUCUGAGAAUCAUUUGACACUCCUAAAAAGGAACGGCCGCGAAUCGGGUUCUCCAGCUGGUUCCCCAGAACCAGAACCUGCGCAGACCAAAAUUAACAACGAAGAGAAACCGAAAGCCGCCACCUCAGCUGAAAAAGAACCCGCAGCAAAGCAAACCAAGAAGCGCAAGGCUAGUGAUGAUGAUGAGGAGGAGGAACAAGCGGACACCAGCAGGAAACGAAGCAAAAAUGUACCUCUGCCUGGCUUCUUACCCCAAGGAUUCUUCGACGACGCCACGAAGGCGGAAUCCGAAGCUGCCCCUUCCAAUAACUCCAAUGGUCAAGAAUUCAGGCUCCCCUCACGUCCAGCCACUCCUCUUAAAGGACCAGAUGCAGUGCCAGAAGCAGCAAAGCUCCCCACGGUUGACGAAGACGAAUGGGCAGCUUUCGAAGCCGACAUCGCGGCAGCUCAAGUCGCGGUAGAGACAACAGACGAUGCCGUCAUAAGCGCGGCGCCAAUGACGACAGAAGAGCUCGCGGCAAAAUCGAGGGAGGAAGAGAUGAGUGCGAGGAAAGAAAAGGCUGAGGCGGACUUGGAGGGGGAUAAGGAGGAUGCUGUGAGGAAACUGGAAGAUGAGUUCGAACAAAUGAAUGAACUAGAGGAGCGAGUGAGGAGGUUGAAGGAGAAGAGGGAGGCAUUGCGGGUUAAAGAGCCCACUACUGUUGCAUCAGAACCUGCAGAAGGGGGUAAAACGGAGGCCUCAAAUGCUACUCCAGAGGAAGAAGAUGAAGACGAUGAUGACGAAGACGAUGAUGAUUGGGCAGGAUUCCGGUUGCGUGGCUAAGGAAUAUACGGCAUGGUUGGAGAGACAGACAAUUUAGUCGAAGUCACUGUGUAAUACUACAAUGAUACCCCAAUAGCUUUGCUAACGCUCAUAUGUUAUACAACUAUUUAUUUCCCG